UUCCCUUCUCCUCCCUGUCUCCCGCUGCUGCUUCGGAGGAGGGAGGGGGGCUGCAGCGAAGCGUGUUUGCGCCCCUGCCCCCAAAGGCUGCAAAAGCGGCGCCUCUGGUUCCAAGGGCGGCGGGGGAUGGCGGCCGCUUUGGAGCUGCUCUUGCGGGACGAGGUGGCAGCCGGCGCGGUGGUGCGGUGGCUGAAGUCAAGCCAGAGCUGCGCCGAAGAGGAUUCUCCAAUUCACCCCAAACUCGUUGCCCUUAAUUUGCUUCAAAAAGACUUUGUUCCUUUUUUGCUGAACUACCUCAGGGAACAGACCAGUCAGAUAUUGACCCAUGGACCAUCUACUCCUGCUAAAAUUCCAAAUUCCAAGAACUUGAGAAAUUCUAGUAGCUAUAGGAACCAAAGGACCGGAUCUGAAAAAAAGUUCCAGAAUAGUAGCUGUCGAGGACAACUUUUCUUUGAUAGAGUUCCUACUGGCUUGCAGUCUCCAAAUACCAGUAUUUCUGCUUCAGAAUUGCAUGGAUCUUCAGUUGUUAAUGGGUCAAGUGAACUGAAUUCCAGUAGUGAUCUCUUAAAUGCGGAUCUCAGCAGUAGCCCAAGUGUGGGUUCGAGCCCUAUUUUUUCUCGCAGUGAGAGACGAUCUGCUCAGAAAACAAACUUGGGGAGUUUUCUUGUUGCUGCUCCAAUAAGGCGAAGCAGAAGAAAAGGGAGCAAUUGUACAAGUGGUUCUAGUCGGUCAAUUGGACAUGAUGUAGGAAGAAACACAAAUGAUGAAGUAAAAAGUGAAAGCUCCUCAUUUUCUUCAUUGAGACAGAAGAAACCGAGUGAAAUGAAUCUUGUCUCCACUUCUUCACCAUCUGACCAGCUUAACUUACAUGAUUUGGAGGAGUUUCCACCCAUGAGUGCUGCUGGAAAAAUAAACAAAACCAAACCAUCAAGAAGAAUAAAUCCUACUCCUGUGAGUACUGAGAGAACUCUGUCCAAGCCCAAAAUGUGCUUCACUUCUACACCUGUUGGCAACUCUCAAGUUCAGUCUGGAGUAAGUUCUGAGAACCUUACUGAUUCUCAGGAAAUGAAUUUAACUUCUAUUACGGGAAGCCUUCAGGAAGAAAGAGAGAUGUUGAAGAAAGAAAGAUCUAAAUUAUUGCAUCACACGUCUUCCUCUAUAAGUUUAUCCCUGGAUUCUGGCACACCCACCAAAUCUAAUGUUGGUUGGAAUGUAUAUAUUCAAACUGAAAACCAGUCGGUAGCCUCAGCUGAUGUCAACAAAGUGACGUACAGAAAACAGCUGGAACACCUAGCUGAGCUUUAUUCCAUUUGCAUAGCAGAAAACCUCGUGCCAAAUAUCUUUUCAGAACUUUUCUUUGUAUUGCAGCUGCUAACAGCAAAGGGAACUUCCUUUGCAGAAGAUAGGGAGAGUGACAUGGGAUUUAUGGAACAGAAUACAGAUUUGAUUGAGAGGCAGCACUUUCACAGUAUACACAACUGUGUUUACUUUGCUGUGCAAGUUUUGGAUUAUCAGUUUGAAAUUGUUUCUCAUUUAGAGAAAGGGACCCUGAAGCUCCUGGCUGAGAAUGACAGAAUUGCAUCUUUUUCCCUUGGCUUGCAUGAGAGGCUAACGGCAGCCUAUGAAAACACAACAGCAAAGGUUUACCUCUGGUUGCCUUCAUGUGUGCAGUCAGUUUCUUUUCAACCAGAAACUGACAAUCGAUCUAACUUUUCCAGUGAUAAGGCAUUUCAUAUAUUCAAGAAGCAAAGGGAUAUUUUCUAUGAAUUGCUGCGAGAAUGGGAAGAUAACUUCGAAAAAACAGGUUGGGAUUUUGAGAAAUGUCUAGGAGAUAGGAUCAGAGUUAUGAUGGCACAUCUUUCAGCAGCUUGUAACUAUAGUCACUUUGCCCGGCUCUUUCAGAAACAGCUUCUUCAGAUGUGUAAAGGAUCAGUUGUUGGAGGCACAAAUUGGGGAGAUACUCCAGACCAGGAUGUCCUUAACAUGUUAGGUCCAGAUAAUCUGAACCGACUGAAGAGGCUGCAAGAGAGAUUUCUUGUUCCUCAGAGCAUCAGAGGACCUUGUCCUCCUCCUUCUUUCCCAGGAUGCCAACAGUUUUUCAGGGACUUCAUCCUCAGUGCAGGGAGCUACCGAUUUAAUCAACACCUGGUAGACAGUUUGUGCCUGCAGAUACUUGAGUUGGACAGUUUUGCCUUGGUGGAACAUGAACCCAAUGAUGGAGAAGCAAUGAGCGAACAGGAUGAAAAGAAGCAUUUUGCCAGCGUUCUUAUGAGUCUUCGACUCCUGGCUAAGUUUGUGGGAUUCCUUGUCUUUCUGCCGUAUCGCACAUCAGAGCCAGCAACUGGAGAUCUCUUGGAGUCAGCAAUCUCAUUAAGGAACCAUGCCCAUCCUGUGCUGGAUAUUUUCAAGUUGUUGAGACAGUCCAUUCAGAAACGAUGUCUGGUCCUGACUGUACCCUGGGUGGUUGAAUUUCUUUCUCUCAUGGAUUAUAUUGCCCCAUUUCUUAACUACUAUGAGAAAAUAUUUGCUCUGCUAUUGCAGCUAUACAGGUACCUGCUACUUUCUGAAGAUAAAAAGAUGUGCUUCCUGAAUAAGCUACUGAUCCUCGCAGUUUUAGGAUGGCUUUUUCAAGUGCCGACAGUUCCAGAAAACUUGUUCUUUGCUGGUGAAGUGAGAUCGGAAGAAUUGUCUUUGGAAUCUGUGACCACAGUUCAGGAUCUGGAUUCUGUGCCGUUGGUUGAUCAACAGUUGCUUUAUACAUGUUGUCCUUACCUUGGUGAGUUGAGGAAAUUACUGUCUUCUUUUGUGUUGGGAAGUGGAGGAAAAAACGGUGGCUAUAUAAGAAAAAUAACCCCAACUGCUACAGAGGUCUUAGCUCCAAAGCCUUCCCUCACUCAGCAAAAACUUCAGGCAGAUCUGGAACAAGCCUUCUUUCACAAUCAGUCCCCAUCUCUGCGGAGAACAGUAGAAUUUGUGGCAGAGAGAAUUGGAUCAAAUUGUGUCAAGCAUAUCAAGGCAACCCUGGUAGCAGAGCUGGUGAAAAGAGCUGAAGUCAUUUUGCAAGAUGCUAUGAAGGCAGAAGAUGGCAAUCAUGACAAAUUAUUGGAUGCAGUAUGUUCACAAUUGUAUCAAGAAGGAGCACAAGCUCUUAUACAAGGCAAAGAAUUUUGUAGGAAGAAGGCCCCUGAAGCUGUGAAAAUCCUGCUGCCAGAAGAGACCUCUGCAGCUGUUUUGAACUGUGCAGCAAAUAUUGCAGUGGGACUGGCUAUCGAGAAGGCCUGCAGUUGGCUUUCUACAAAUAUUUCAGCCCUGAUCAAAAGAGAAGUAAAAGCUACCUUCAGUCGCAUGCUAAAAGUUCAGAUGCUUUCCCAGUCCAGUGCCAAUGAAAUUACACUGAGGAAGAAGGACUGCCCCCCAAGCUGCCACCAUCAAACAGCAUUCCCUUCCCAGAUAAUCAGUGAAAUCAAGGAUAUACUCUGUGUUGCUAUAGGCCCAAGAGAAGAAGAUGAAGAAAUCCAGUUUGCUGACUUGGAAAGUUUGUUGGGAAGGGUGAGCCAGACACUUCAGUGCAGAAAGUUCAUCUGCCCAGCAUCAGAGCAACAGCUGGCUAAGUGCACCAUUGAGCUGGCAUCACUGCUAGUUUCAGAUUGUGUUCCAAUCCAGGAGCCGAACUUUACAUCUCCCAAAAUGCCAGAACAGCAGCAAUCGAAGUACCAACUCAUCUCCAGUCUCUUGGAAUCUCUUCUGUCCAUCUGGAAAGAUAAUUUUCAGGCACCAGUACCGUUACACUUGAUGUUCACUCAAAAAAACAUCGCCUACCUUGCAGGCAGCAAAGAUCAUGAGGUGGGCUGUUUAAAACAUUUUAGAGACACUUCCAAAUCUCACUGCUCUUGCUCUUUCUUGUUUUAUGCACAUAAAGUCAGUCUUUGGCUAAUCCAGAAGCAUUGAUACAG